AUGAAAGCAGGGACAGGAGUAUGGGAGGAUAAGCGCAAGGAGAGGAGGAGGAGAGAAAAGAGAAGGGAGAGGAGAAGGGAGAAGAGCAAAGAGGAUGAGGAGAGGGGAGAGCAGGCAGAGCAGGAAAAAGAGAGGAAAGCAGGUAGAGGAGUAGGAGAGAAGAGAGCAGGGACAGACAAAGAACAGAGGAGAGCAGGGAGAGGAGGAGGAGAGGAUAAGAGCAGGGAGAGGAAGAGGAACAAAUUGAGUUGGGAGGAAGGGGGAGAAAAUUGAGUAGGGAGAGAAGGGGGAAAGAGAAGAGCAAAGAGAGGAGAAGGAGAAAGGUGAGCAGGAAGAGGAGGACAGGGAGAGGAGAGGAGAGCAGAGAGAAGAGUAGGAGAGAGGAAAGCAGGGAGAGGAGGAGAGGAUAAGAGCAGGGAGAGGAAGAGGAGAAAAUAGUGUAGAGAGAGGAGCGGAAGAGAGAAGAGCAAAGAAAGGAGAAAGGUGGGCAGGGAGAGCAGGAAGAGGAGGAGGAGAGAGGAAAGCAGGGAGAGGAGGAUGAGAGAGGAAAGCAGGGAGAGGAGCAGGGGAGGAUAAGAGCAGGAAGAGUAGGGAGAGGAGGAGAAGAAAUAGAGGAAGGAGAGGAGGAGGAGGGAGUGAAGAGCAAAGAGAGGAGGAAGAGAGAGAAGAGCAGGAAGAUGAGGAGUAGAGAGGAGAGCAGGGAGAUUUGCAUGACAAAGUCUAAAAAUACUGAACUAAAAGUGAAAAAAAUGACAGUUACUUUGGUGAGUAUUAUCAUCAAAAUUAAACCAAAGCUCUUGAUGUGAUGUGAAGCAGUGUUGUAUGGUUCUUUUCAGUAGUUAAGGUGACAUUUUAAAGAAAGCCUGAACAGUUUUUGUGUUUUUCUAAGUAUUAAGUUUUGAAGAGGUUUUAAGUUGUGUAAAUGCAUAUGAGAUAUCAGUUCAUUGGUAAUCCAAGUCUGGAAGCCUCUGGCCUCGAUAACACAGCUGGACACAAUUUUUAUGUUUUUUUGUUUGUUUCUGAAUUAUUAGAUUUGAUAAAUUAUCAAGCAAAACAGACUUAUCUAUUCCAAAAUAUACAUUAUCUACUGGUCUUAACUGACUUAACUUUCUUUAUGUGUGGUAUCUACCAAUGUCACAGUUGGAUGCAGUGGAUCUGUCUCAGUCUGGCAGGAGUGUCGAUCCUCAGCCUUGAGAAAAAAGCUCUUUAUCGUCUUGAUCACUUGGUCAGCAGUCUGCUCAUCUGCUCUCAGAACAGACAGGAUGUUUCAGACCCUUUAACCCUUGUGUAACCCUUAGAUUUACAUCCUUUCUUAACGCUCAGUGGCUAAAAACAGCUACUGACAUUGACUGCUGUAAAAACAUAUUGGAUUCAUAUUUUUUCAAAAAAAAUUUUCAUAUAUCUCUUAAUAAACUUCUUCUCUAUUUAAAACUAGUAAAUGUUUCAUUAAGAAUCCAAAUUUUAACCCUUUAAGGACCCAUUUAAAAUAUAAAGUCACUAAUCUUGGGAAAAAAAUGGGAGGAAAAUGACUGAUUUUUAUUAGAUUCCUUUUUUCACCAUAUCAGUGACAUUAUGUUUUGAAUAGACCCUCAAAGGGUUAAAAAAGAUGAAACAUUUACUAGUUUUGAAGCAGAAGCUAAUUAAGAGAUAUAUGGAAAAAAUUGGAAAAAAAUAUUAACCCAAUAUGUUUUUACAGCAGUCAAAGUUAGUGGCUUUCUUUAGCCACUGAGUGUUAACAACAGAUGAAAAUUUGCCCAGCGCGUAUUUUUGACCUGGUGAAAAUUUGGAAAUCAUAUUCUCAAAGUGUCCAUCAAUAUAAGCAUCUGCACAAAAAAUCAUCCCAUUUGCUGCAGUAAAAAAAAAAGUUACGUGGAAAUUAGUGGCUACAUUUUGCCCCUAGUGGCUGAUUUUAGCCACAGUGUUACAAAACAGUGAUCACACCACCGGUAGGUGCAGUCUCUGCAUUUACAGCCCGCCUCAGCUCUCUGAAGGGUGAUAAAACCUUGACUGCCUUCUCAAUCAAUGACCAUUUUGCUGUCAGAAAUGCUGAGAGAAGCCUGUUGCAUGUUUGCUUUGUAGACAUAAUUGGUUUUACUUUGUAGUUUAAAAUGAUAUUUCUACAGGGGUGUCAUUAUGAGAUCUAACUUUUUUUUUUUAGGUUUGUGAUUAUGUACCGUCCACUUUCCAUGGUAUGGUGUUGGGGAAAAAAUAAGAGGGGUUAAAGGAAAUGUUUGUCUUUUGACGUAUGGAAUCGGAACCCUAAGAAGAAUACAUAACAAAAAACAACAAAUGCCAAAUAUUGAAUAUUAACUGACAGCUACUUAUGUUCAGGCUACAGCUGUAGCCAUUGUUCAGUACUGAAAUGACAAUUAGUAAAUGAAUUAAAUGAUGUAAAAAGGUGCCUUUGCUUAUUGAAAUAGGAUUAAACAAAGACCACUGUAAACAUUAAUUUGCAAGUUAACACUUGACUCAAAGUGACAGGAUCAGAUCCAAAGUGAAAUAAUUUCUCACCAAAUGGCACUCAAACCAUUGUUUACUGUAAACAUGAAGAGAGCAGAGUCAUACACUGAAGGUCAACAAGCACUCUCAAGCCAACAUGUGGGCUCACAUGUAGACUCACACUAGGAGCAGAGACAUUCAGUUUUUCAGAAGGGACUCACAUAUACACUUAUUUACUACCAGGCUGAAAAGCAUACAUAAUGGGCUUCUUUGCUUCUUUUCUGAUAGCAGUAGCUGUGAGUCAGCUCUCUGCUGCCCCCCUCUGGCUGCACAUAUGCACUAUCUUAUAUCCUGUUGAUGAGAAGCUGAUCCAUAGUUUGUUUCCAGAUCAGUACCACAACCAUCUUUUUCUACAACCAUUUUUAAGUUACAGAUCUCUUUAAGAAUUAUUUGAUUUGUUUUAACUGACUGAUGAUUCAGCCAUAAGGCACUCCGGUGGCUCAUAAGGUCAACAGCACAAACAUUUCAAGACCACAAAAAGAAAACACACAAAAAAAAAACACGUAUAAAACAUGAACAUAUAUUUUCAAAAAUACACAAGUAUUUAAUGUAAAACAAAAAAGCACCAACAUGAAAAAAAAAAAUCACCAAAGCCUAAUGUGCUGAAGCCUACAUUUCAUACAACACAAAAGACAAAAAUGUAAGUUGAUACAAAAAAAAAAGAUUAUGUGGAAAACCAUUGUUUUAACAUUAAAAAAUUGGGGGAACUGUGCUGGGCUCAAUUUCUCUAUAUGGGGGAUGAAUAUUUUUUUGUAACUCAUCAGAUUUGAAGAUUAAGUUUGGCCAAUCAGAGAAAUAGCAGCUUUGACUGACAGGUGGGCAGGCACACUUUAGCUGUUGGCAAGACAGGUGAAGGCUUCAGAAUCCAGUGUGUGGUGUCACUGUACCUGUUUUCUGUAGUCCAUGGUCUGAAACUUGGACUGUCACAAAUAAGUGUCUGUAUGAGAACUGUCAUUUUUUUUACAAACUGAUAUUGUGCCACAACUCAGCAUACAGUACUACAAUGAGUUCAUAGCAGUGGUCUCUUACACUGGCUGCUACACGCCAUAAAACCAAGGAGGGACCAAGAAGAAACAGCUGCUCGUAGAGAGAGAGCUGUAGCAGCUGUCUGAGAGAUGAUUCAGGACUUCAAAAGCUGAUGUUCAGGAUUAAUUAUGUAUCCAAAACAACAUGUGAGCAUGUGCCUCUUCUGGACCAAGCUAUUGAACAUUUGUUCUUUCUUUUUUCAUUCAGUUCAGUAAAUUUCAACCUAGUAUACUGCACAAUUAAAGUAUGGCAUUACAAUACAUGACAGUGUUUUGAUAAGUCAUUUCCAAAAAGGUUGUAGUCACAGGGCAGGAGCUGUGGAUCAAUAAAGAAUUUGAAUUUCAGAACCAAUGGAAGUUCAUUCCAUUAAUUAGUAAAGUUUAUGAAGUAACAUGUUCCUCCAACCUUGUCUCCCCUUUUCCUGACAACUAACAACUAACUAUGUUGUUUUAUUUCAGAGUUUUCCAUCAACAUGGUGACAAUACUGUUAUGAUAUUUCAUGGCAACAGUAAAGGUUAGGUGAAAAUCUGAUGCUGUGACAGCUGUUGUUUGUCUGUAUUUUCUGUGUUAGUUAAAGACAGCACACAUUAUGGUGAACGCUUGGAAAAAGUUGGGUAGAGGCCUCUGGCAGAACUACUCAUGAACAACUGUCUGCUCCUCUUUAUCAGUACGAAGGUUAACCAUUGCCCCCCCUCCUUUUGUUCUUCCUUUUUGUAGGCAUAUGGGCUGAGAUCCAGAUGCCUCAGAUUGCUAUGGAUGUGAUCACAGGUAACAUGGUUGUGCUGAGGGCAUCUUACACUCCUGUGCCCAGUGGAGACCUGAGUACCAACACCGUCCUGUGGAACUUUGUAUCUAACACCUCACAGCUGGUAAGAAAGUGAGCUAAAGUGCACCACCCACCACCAAAAAAGCAGAAGCAUAGUAAACCCAGCUGAGGCUUAAACUCUCUGCUCUUUGCUGUCUGAAGUUAUAAUACCUGGGAUUAGGGCCACAAAGGAUGUUUGUCACCUCUUAAAUUGUUCAUCUUGGUAUGCUGAAUGCUAUAGAGUAAGCAAGGUGUCACCAUAGACUGUAUGAACUAUGGACAACUUCGUUUCAUCACCUGUCAUUAGGGUUGGGUAUCGUUUGAUUUUGAACGAUUCCAAUUCCAAUUUCGAUUCCUCAUUUCGAUUCCGAUUCCUAUCGAUUCUCUAAUUCGAUUCUUUUAAAAGGCAGGAUAUCAAAAAGAAAAAAGAAAAAAAAAGCAUGGUUUGAAUGAGGGUGCUAACCGGGGCUCUUUUUGGAUGAAAUUUCUGAACUUCUCCAUGAAUUUUUAAAUCAUAUUAACUUUUUAGGAACUUUACUAUGGAUUUCUCACAGGGCUAUUUUCAACCAGUAUAUAAAUAUCAAUUUUUGUUUUCAGGUCGUUUGUCUAUGAAAAAGUACAAGGGCUAACGUUAGGUGGAUAUUGAGGUUUACUCACCGUACACAGUUAAAUUUCUUUACCGUUUCAAAAUUAGCAGAGGACAGAAGUAAUUUAUUGUUUCACUUAUCUGAUCCUGACUGGUUAGCGGAAGACAGGUGUUGUGCUGUAGAAUGCACCCCUGCCUUAGAAUGCCUCCCCUCCACUGAUUAGCUUCUUAGUGGAAGAAAUAUGAUCUCAUGUUUAAUAAAACACGGGUAUUAGAUCAUGAAAACGUGUCAAAUGCAGCAGUAAACUUUCGUUUUGUUUUUAUGUGUCUCAAAAAUGCACACAUUGAAGUGUACUUGGGUAUAUAAACUGUAGAGUAAGCUGUUAAUGUAGAGAACAUAAUAUUUUCAGGACAGUAAAUAUUCCGAAUCAGAGGGCUAUUGUUUUCGGCAUAUCUGAAUAGCCUGAAUGAAAUCAUUAAAGGCACACGCUUUAGAUUCCGUCCAACGGUAGGAAAAACUUGGAUUGUUUUGCCUUGUUGUGUACUUUCAACCGCGCUCCCGUCAGGGGUGCAUUCUCUGGCACAACACAGGCGAAGCGCAUCAAAGACGAGCACUUGGGUAUUUCUCCUCCAUGAAUCCUGAGGUGUUUAAUCAUGUUGGUCGUUUACCCUCCUUUGCAUGAUAUAACUGUAUUGCUAAUGUUGCAUUGAGAUAAGAGUUCAUUCUUCCUGCGAAAGUUAGCCAAACUUUUGACCAACGAAGAAGAAGCUGCCGAACACCAACGAGGACGGAGCGUAUGAGACGAAGCCACACAGAGAGGAGAGAGACAGAGAGAGAUUACAUUGUAACCCACAGCGGCUGCAUUGCUGUGGGUUGCAAUGUACUUUCUCUCUCUGUCUCUCUCCUCUCUCUGUGUGGCUUUGUCUCAUACGCUCCGUCCUCAUUGGUGUUAAGCGGCUUCUUCUUCGUUGAUUUUCGGCGGCUAUUUCUUCCGGUCGGCGGACUCUGGCAUCGAAACUUGGAAUCAAAAUUUUAAUAUUUGAACGAUACCGGAAGAAUCGAAGUUUUAGUCCCGAUUCCCAUCGAUUCUCGAUUCUCGAUUCCCAACCCUACCUGUCAUUGAACAAAUUUGAAGCCAAAUUGCUCUCAGUAUUCCCAGGAUUUUCUCCACUUCCUAAAACUGGUAUUUGCGCAGUAGCGUUUAACACAUUUGGCUAGAGAUAUGAUGACACUCUGCUGAAACAGCAUCUCCUCCAGAUGAUCUACACAAUCUUUGUACACCUGUAGGCUGUAUCAAGUGUCAGUUAUAGAAUGCAUGAACCCCUAAUAACUUUAAAAAAUGGAUCUGCACAGUAAUGAAGAAAACUAGUGUUCCUAUAACUACAACAAGAAAACAAGAAGAACAAGAAUGUAUGAAGAAUUACUGGUGAUAAAAAUUGAAAGUGGACAGUCCAGAAAGAGGAGCAGGUGGUGGAGCUGUGGGCAAAUCACGCUGGUCUAUUCCACAUCAACUUCAGCAUUUCCCCAACAUGUAAUGGCACAUCACCAUGGCUAAAUAAAGCCGCCACACUACGGAAAAAAAAAAAAAAUUAUGCACUACCCCGGACUCAGUAUCGCUAUAUGCGGUGCACACGUGCUGAACCGCCGGGCGUGCGUGCCAAGAAUUAUAAUUACAGGUUGUCAUAUGCGAACACACAACUGAUUACUGAUCUGUGACACUGUUGUGACAGAAGGGAGUCACCAAACACAAUGCUAGUUGUUUUUAACAAAGACAAAGUCGUUGGGGAUUGGUAAAGUCUCUGGAUCAUUUCAGAACAAUGAAAUGAACUUGGAACUUGGAAAAUGCUCUGGUGGAUGUUUAUAUUGUAAGAUCGCUGAUUCGGUCAUUUCGCUGUCAAUCAGAAAGGGAUUCCGUCUCAGACAGAUCAUGCAAUCAUCAUACAGAAACCGAGCGUCCGGGCCAGCCCACUGCCCCAUAGACCCCCAGAGACACUGAGCUUCCGAUGGGUGGGGCAAAGCCCAGCAUUUAUCCAAUGACCGUCCAGUUUCGCGCAGUGGAACAACCCACUCUACACUUCCCAUUGAAGUCAGUAGACCCUCAGCGUCCAACUGUGUAAAGCACAUAGACUGAAUGUACUAUGGACAACUUGGUUCCACCUACCGCCUGUAUAUGGAUUUGAAGCCAAAAAGCUCUCGGUAUUUCCAGGAUUUUUCUUCAUUUCCUGAUCCAGCGCUGUGCAGUAGCGAUGCACGCAGUCGCCGAGAGUCGCUGUGAUGACGCACGGCUCAAACAGCGUAUCCCCCGAGAGAGAUACAUAAUCCCUGAACACCCAUAGGCUGUAUCACGUUUCAAUCAUAGAAAAUAUGAACCCCCUAAUAACUUUUAAAAACAGAGCUGUACAGAAAAAAAGAGGACUUGAGCACAAACCAGUCUGACAGUAACUACAUGUCAACAUCACAAGCAGGGGGGAAAUUAAUGUUCUGUGUAAUAAAUUUCUAAAGUUUGUCCACAGCUCUAUAAGCCUUGCUGGCGGAGGUGGGAUUAAUGACCUAUACUGCAGCCCGUCACCAGAGUGCACUGUUCUGGGAGUGGCUUCACCCAGCGAGGAGGCAGACUCUGUCCAUUCUUUAUGCAGUCUAUGGUAAAGCACUGUGGCCUUGCAGGGAUGAAUGAGAAGUCGUGUUGGUUACCUGUAAUGAGUAGCUGAUUUUGAACAAAAGAUAAACACGUUCUAGCGCAUAUUUAGUCAAUGAAAUGUACACACAGCAGUACAUAUUUCACAACCUUUUUUUUUAGGGGAAGCUGAGCUGUCCUUGCAGUCGUAGAGCAAUCGACACUGUGUGCGUGCGUGCGUGUGUGUGUUGUCUGCGUUAGGUGAAAUACAAAUUUAUUCAGAUGAGAUUAUUUAUAAACUCAGUGUUGUGGUUAAUCAUUAAUGAAGCUGAGGGGUUUGGUGAAUGUACACAUUAUCUGGAGACGUAGUCAUGACUUGGCAGACGUCUCCGUCAAGUCAAGUUUUUUAGCCGUGCAGAUGGACGACCUGGAAAAGGCUCUCAAUCAAACAGAAAACAGUAAAAAGGGAACACAGUGAGUUGGGAAGGAGGAUAUGGUUAAAAGAGAAGCUUGUUUUUCACCAGCUCUUGUUUUUCAUCACUCUGCUAUGCUGUCAUUUAACCCUUGAUUCCUGUUCAUUUUAUCAAAUCAAUCAAUCAAAGAGGGGAGAGGGCAGGGGGAGAGAGAGAGAACAAGAUACGGGGAAGGAGAGAGAGAAUGAGUAAGGAGACAGGGGGGGGGGGGGAAGAGAGAGUAGAGAACGAGGGUGAGAGAGAGACAGGGGACAGCAGAAACAACAGCAACAACAACAACAGCUCAUGUAAUGGUGAAACAAAAUGAGUACAGUUUACAGGGUUAGGAUAUGAGUGAUUAUGGACAAUGUUAAAUUAAUUAAAUAUGAUUACAGUCAGCAGGCCUAAUCGUAGUCAGCUCUAGUUUAUGUUAUUAAUGUCAGUGAGGCUGAUGUUGAUGUCUGCAGUAACAGUCCAGAGGAAUCCAGGAGAAGAAGGAGCUCAGGGCCUGAGGUGGACAAUCAUAGACAGUAGUCAACUCUAGUUUUAUGUUAUUAAUGUCAGUGAGGCUGAUGUUCAUGUCUGCAGUAACAGUCCAGAGGAAUCCAAGAGAAGAAGGAGCUCAGGGCCUGAGGUGGACAAUCAUAGAUGAUGUGGCUAACAGUCCAGAGGAAUCCAAGAGAAGAAGGAGCUCAGGGCCUGAGGCGGACAAUCAUAGACGAUGCGGCUAGAGUCAGGCAGGUCUGCAGCAGCCAUCAGUCCGGAGCAACCAAGGGGCAGGGGGUGUCUGCAACAACGGUCCAGAGGAGCCUAAGAGAUGGAGGAGCUCAGGGCCCAGGGUGGACAAUCAGGGAUGAUGCAGCUGGGGUCAGGCAGUUCCGCAGCAGACCGUCUGCAGCAUUAGUCCAGUGGAAGCUAAGAGACUCAGAGACACUCAGAGAGACAGAAAUCUGGUUAGUGACUUAUAUGGGACAUAAAGAUCUAAAGAAGAGAUAGAGACAGACUCUAGCUCAGUGUGCCAGAUAACCCCAGCAGUCUAGACCUAUAGCAGCAUAACUAAGAGCUGGUUCAAAUCAGCCCCAACUAUAAGCUUUAUCAAAGAGGAAUGUUUUAAGUCUACUCUUGAAAGUUGAGAGGGUGUCUGCCCCCCGAACCUUGAGCGGUAAAUGAUUCCAGAGGAGAGGUGCCUGGUAGCUGAAAGCUCUUCCUCCAAUACUACUUUUAGAGACAUUUGGUACAACGAGCAGGCCUGCAGACUGUGAGCGUAAUGGUCUAGACGGAAAGUACAGUAUAACAAGCUUGUCGAGAUAUGAUGGAGCCUGGCCAUUAAGCGCUUUAUAUGUCACAAGGAGGAGUUUAAACUCAAUUCUAGAUUUAAUAGGGAGCCAAUGAAGAGAGGCUAAGACAGGAGAGAUGUGCUCCCUUCUUCUGGUUCUAGUCAAUACCCGAGCUGCUGCAUUUUGGACCAGCUGAAGAGUCCUUAAAGACUUACUGGAGCAGCCUGAUAAGAGAGAAUUACAGUAGUCCAGUCGAGAGGUAACGAAGGCAUGGACUAGUUUUUCCGCAUCACUCUAAAGCCGCUACAGACCAAACGCGACCUGAAGCUAACUAGUCGCGUUGGUCAUUGUAUUCACGUCGCGUCGCACCCUGGUGUGUUCACACCGGGUCCAAAGCUGCAGUCACGGAGGUCGCAGGAAGCGGCUGGUCGCCGCUGACCCGCUUCUCCCACCUUCCUUCUCCCUCCUUUUCUCCCUCAUAUAUACAUCCCGCAGCCCCUUCCAGCGCUUGUGGCACACAUCCACUGCAAACACACACACACACACGUUUAAAAAUGUAGCCUAGCAAGCAGGGGAAGUUUGCUAUGUUUUUAGAAAAUAGUCUGCUCACUGAAAUAAAUAAACAAACUUACCAGAAAGCCCGACAUCAUGGGCCACCUUCGCCCAUGCCUUCUCCUUGGAGGUGCGGUCCCGGUAGAAUGCACACCUCAUGCCGUACAGGACCGGGUGAUAACUCACGGCAGUGAUAAGCUGCUCCUACAUUGUGAUUCUUCUUCUCCUCCUCCUUGCUUCGCCGGUUUGUUGACGUCAGCAGAGCCCUGAUUGGCUCUUGUGGCACGGAGUCGCUCCCAAAGUUCAAAUAUUUGAACUACACAGCACUAAGAUCCAACAGGACAAGAACAGAGAGAAGACCACUGUCCGAAGCCAUGAGUAGGUCAUUUGUCACCUUCAGCAGAGCAGCCUCCGUGCUGUGAUGGGUUCUAAAUCCAGACUGGAAAUCCUCCAAUAAACCAUUGUUGAAAAUCAUAAAGUUGAUUUGCAACAACUUUCUCCAGGACUUUAGAAAUAAAAGGAAGGUUGGAUAUUGGUCUAUAGUUAGCUAGGGUGCCUGAAUCAAGAGAAGGUUUUUUAAGGAGACGUUUAUUAACAUAUCCUGUUAAUACAGAUGUAUUGAUCAAGUUAAGCAAGGAAGUACUGAUUAAAGGAAGAGUUUCCUUCAGCAGUUUAGAUGGAAUUGGGUCCAAAAGACACGUAGAUGGUUUGGCUGCCAGCACCACUGACUUUAACUCAGGAAGGUCAAUAGGUGCAAAGUUACUAAGGUGCACCAGAGGCCUUAGGGGCUCCUCAACAAUUUCAGGGUUAUCUAAGAGAGAGACACCUGAUGAAGGCAAGAGGUUACUAAUUUUACCUCUUAUUUUUAAGAUUUUUUCAUUGAAGAAGCUCAAGAAGUCGUUGCUGCUGAGGGCUAAUGGGAUACAUGGUUCAGCAGUGCUCUGACAGUCCGUCAGUCUGGCCACAGUGCUGAAGAGAUAUCUGGGGUUAUUCUUAUUUUUUUCAAUAAGAGACGAGUAGUAAGUUGUCCGAGCAUGUCGUAAGGCCUUCUUAUAUUUAUCAAGACAUUCCUGCCAGAGAAAACGAGCUUCAGCUGUUUUGGAAGAGCAUCAAAUCCUUUCUCGUCUUCUUAAUAACUGUUUCAGCUCACGGAUUUCAGCAUUGUACCACGGAUCCAGUCUCUCACGUGUAAGAGUUUUCUGUCGAAGAGGAGCAACUGAGUCAAGAAUCGAUCGCAAUGUGCCUGAGGUAUCAUCGACGAACUGAUCAAGUUGCAAGGGACUGAUGUUUAAGUAUGAGCUAUCAGCGAAGUUCUUCUCAAGCACAUAAUUAAGAGCAGACGGAAUUGCCUCCUUGAACUUAGUCACAGCAUUUUCAGACAACCUUCUAGUUACCACAGCUUUGUUAUGAGGAGAGUAGCCUGAAAGCACAAAUUCAAAAGUUACUAGAAAGUGAUCCGAUAAAAGAGGAUUUAAUGAACUGACUGACAGGGCUUCAGCUUCAAGGCCAUAAGCCAGGACAAGAUCGAGGGUGUGGUUAAAGCAGUGCGUAGGUCCAUGUACACACUGUGUAAACCCAAUUGAGUCUAGCAAGGACAAGAAAGAAAUGCUUAGGCUAUCAUUUUCCACAUCCACAUGAAUAUUAAAGUCACCAACAAUGAUGACUUUGUCUGCAAGAAAAAGUCUAAUCAGAUAGAAACUCUGAGAAUUCUGACAAAAACUCAGAGUAUGGGCUCGGAGGGAGAUAAGCAAUAGCAAAUACCAGUGGUCUCAUGGUCUUUGAAGCUGGAUGCAGAAGACUGAGAACAAGACUUUCAAAAGAGGUAUAAUCCAGUUUUGGUCUUGGGUUAAUUCCAAGACUGGAAUUGUAGAUAGCUGCAACUCCAACACCUCGGCCAAAGUCCCGGGGAAUGUGAAAGCUUAGGUGGCUAGGAGGAGUGGAUUCAUUCAAGCUGACAUAUUCAUCCUGACGCAGCCAAGUUUUGGUUACAGAGAGUAAAUCAAUGCGAUGUUCAGAGAUUAGUUCAUUUAUUAACACAGAUUUGGAAUUUAGAGACCUUAUGUUCAGUAGACCACAUUUUAUCUUACUAGUACUCGGUUCAGCUAUGUUAGCAGUUUUAAUUCUAGUAAGGUUCUUUAGGUUAUUUACUCCUUUGUUAAUCGAUCAGUCAGAAUUAAAGAGCCGAGGAUGAGGGACAGACACAAUUUCUAUAUUAAAGUGACAGUAGCUAGGAGGCUGCUCUAACAAAAGUGCAGAGGAACGUGUAGAACUGCGGCUAUGCUCCCUGAUCUCAAUAUCAAACUGAUUGUAGCUUGGAAGCUGCUCUGAAGGGAGUACAGAGGGGCGUUUUACACUGUGGCUCUGCUCCCUGAUCUCUAUAUCAAACUGAUUGUAGCUAGGAAGCUGCUCUGAAGGGAGUACAGAGGCGCGUUUUACACUGCGGCUAUGCUCCCUGAUCUCUAUAUCAAACUGAUUGUAAUAAUAAUAAUAAUAAUAAUAAUAAUAAUACAUUUUAUUUAAAAGCGCCUUUCUGAGCACCCAAGGACACUUUACAGGGCAUAAAAACACAGCUAGAAACAUAAUUAAAAUAAAUAAAAACAACAUACAGGUGUGAAAGUAGACAGUUAAACUGAGUAUGCGAUUCGGAAUAGGUGUGUUUUGAGAUUGGAUUUAAAGUGGGGUAGUGAGUCCAUGUUCCUGAGGUCCGGGGGGAGAGAGUUCCAGAGUUUGGGAGCAGAGCGACUGAAAGCCCUGCUCCCCAUGGUGCUGAGCCGGGCAGAGGGGACAGAGAGGUGGAGGGAGGAGGAGGAUCUGAGGGAGCGUGAGGGGGUGGAUAUGUGGAGGAGAUCGGAGAGGUAGGGGGGGGCAAGGUUAUGGAUGGCCUUGAAGGUGUACAGGAGGAUUUUGUAGUUGAUUCUGAACUUGACGGGGAGCCAGUGAAGCUGCUGAAGGACAGGGGUGAUGUGGUGAAAAGAGGGGGUUCUGGUGAUAAUGCGGGCUGCAGAGUUUUGGACAAGUUGAAGUUUAUGGAGGGAUUUGUGAGGGGCACUGAAGAGGAGUGAGUUGCAGUAGUCUAUGCGUGAAGUAACAAGGCUGUGGACCAGAAUAGCUGUGGUGUGAGGAGUGAGUGAUGGACGGAGACGGUUGAUGUUUCGUAGGUGGAAAUAUGCAGACCGGGUGAUGCUACUGAUGUGGGAGUGGAAUGAUAGAGAGCUGUCGAGGAUGACACCCAGACUCUUAACCUGAGGGGAAGGGGAUACUGUGGAAUUGUCUAUGGAGAGGGAGAAACUGUUAGUUUUGGAAAGAGUGGACUUGGUACCGACCAGGAGGAGUUCUGUUUUAUUGGAGUUGAGUUUGAGGAAGUUUGAGGUGAACCAGGAUUUAAUUUCUGAGAGGCAGUGGGUGAGGGAGGAGGGUGGAAGGGAGGCGUCGGGUUUGCUGGAGAGGUAGAGCUGGGUGUCAUCUGCGAAGCAAUGAAAAUGUAUGCCAAAUUUACGGAGGAUGUUGCCAAGGGGAAGGAGAUAGAUAAUGAAGAGGAGGGGGCCUAGGACAGAACCCUGGGGGACACCAGAAGUGACAGGGGAGGGCUGUGAGGUGAAUGAUUUGAGUUGGAUGAACUGAGUGCGGCCAGUGAGGUAUGAGUGAAACCAGUGGAGGGGGGUGUGAGUAAUGCCUAUGGAGGAGAGUCUAUGGAGGAGGAUGGGAUGAGAGAUGGUGUCGAAGGCCGCACUCAGAUCGAGGAGAAUGAGGAUGGAGAUUAAACCGGAAUCAGCUGCCAUGAGGAGGUCAUUAGUGAUUUUGAUGAGGGCUGUUUCAGUGCUAUGGAGGGGACGGAAGCCGGACUGGAACUGUUCAUAGAGACUGUUGUGGGUGAGAUGGGUGUGGAGUUGGGAGGCAACAGCCCAGGUUCUGAUGGAUCUUGCUGAUUUUGUUAUUGAAAAAACUGAGGAGAGAGUUGCAGGUGUCUGAGGAGUACAUGUGGGGAGGAAAGCAGUCCGGGGGUUGAAUGAUAUGGUUGUAGAUAGAGAAGAGAGACUUGGGGUUACCAGCAUUGGAGCAGAUGAGUCCAGAGUAGUAUUGAGAUUUGGCAUGAGAGAUUGAGUCCUGAUAGAGAGACAACUGAGUUGUUAGGAUGUCUUUGUGGAUGGUUUUUCUGAAGAGUCUUUCUAGUUGUCGGUUUUUGGAUUUUAGGGAGCGGAGAUGGGGGGUAAACCAGGGUGCGGAUCUAGUGAAGGAGACAGAGCGGGAUUUGAUAGGAGCAAUUGAGUUCAAUAUAUUGGACAGUCCAUCGUUAUAUUGUGUGACAAGAUCAUCAGGGGUGGAGGUGGGGUUCAGGGUGAGGGUGGUGAUGUAGGAGGAAAGGGAGUCCAAGUUAAUGUCCUUUAUGUUGCGGUAUGAGAUGGUGCGGGGGGCUUUGGAGAUGGAGAGCUGAAGAUUGACGUUAAGUGAGAGGAGGGAGUGGUCCGUAAUGUGUAAUGUGUCGGCGGUACAUUUGGAGGGGGUGAGACCUGAGCAGCAAAUUAAAUCUAUUGUGUGGCCUUUGAUAUGUGUGGGGAAAUCUGCAAACUGCUGGAAACCAAAGCUGUCAAGUAAUGAAGAGAAGUCUGUGGUAAGGGGUAGGGUGGGAUUGUCCAUGUGGAUAUUGAAAUCUCCAAGCAGGAUUAUAUUGGGUGAGAGAGUGGCGAGGUGUGUAAGAAGGACAGAGAAUUCAUUUCAGAAGUUGCUGUGGGGUUUGGGAGGACGGUAUAUAGUGGCAAUGAUUGUGGGGACAGGUCCGGGUAGCUGACACGCUAGGCAUUCCAGUGAGGAGAGAGGAGGCAGAGAGACAGGCAGGACCUUCCACUUCUCGCAAUACAGUAUCGCGAGACCUCCGCCACGUCCCGACUCACGCGGUUUCGAGAUGUAAAUAAACCCCGCCGGAGAGGAGUCGUUCAGCUGUGAAAAGUCACCGGGGACUUGCCACGUCUCGUUUAAACAUAAAAAGUCAAACUUGCGGUCAACAAGGAUAUCUUGGACAAGAUGUCCUUUACCUGAGAGGGACCUGAUAUUUAGCAGACCGAAGCUGACGUCCGUGGCGUUGUUGUUGUGGGGAGUGCUAGCCGACCUAGCCAGGUUGGCUAACACCCUGUGGUCCAGAGCCCGGCCGGUGUUUUUGUGUUGGCGACGAGUGGAGGACCAGAAAGAGGUAAUCCCAGAGCCGCCAGAGUGGACAGCCCGCCGGGACCCACGGUGGAUAUACCUCGGACGUGGCUGGAGGGCGAUGUCCGGGUGGAGGUGUAGAGCCGCCGGUGGAGGUCCAGGCUUCUGGGAGCGGAGUCUGAGAAACUCCGCCGCUGAAUAUUGGAGGAGUCCUUCGACGGGUAGAUGGAGGAGCGACAGGGCAGUCCACGCCAGGGUGACCAGGGUAGCCGGUAGAUAGACCCGACUGAUCCACAUGGUGAAGCGAGGUGGAGAUGAUGAGCUGGGGAGCCGGGUGGUGUGUCGAGUAAGUAGGCUACCCGACCAGGCACACUGGGCGAUGGGAGCUCAAAUUCACCGAAAAGUUGCUGAAUUACAGGGUAAGAGUCCAGGGGAGACCAGCUUAACUGGGAGUUGGUCUCCAGAGCACGGAAAAGUUUUAAAAAGUUAAAAUGUUACCGGUGAGCAGCGGCAGCCAAACGCGCCAGCGUCCACUCAACCGGAAGUUUGUAGCUCGAAGGCUGCUCUGAAGGGAGUACAGAGGGGCGUUUUACACUGCGGCUCUGCUCCCUUGUCUGUAUAUAAGUGGUAGUGGCUGGUAAGCUGCUCUAAAGGAGGUGCAGGGGGGCGUGUAAGACUGCGGCCCUGCUCCCUGAUCUCUGCUUUGAAUUGUCAGUGGUUCGGACCAAUGAAAUCGGCCAGAUUUCUGGAUAAACGGGCCACUCCAUCUCGAGUGGGAUGAAUGCCGUCCCGACUAAUCAGACCAGGCUUGCCCCAAAAUGACUUCCAAUUAUCAAUGAGGCCCACGCCGUUAUGCGGACACCACCUCGACAGCCAGCGGUUGAAUGAUGAGAUAUGGCUACACAUCUCAUCAGUUGUCUGAUCGGACAGGGGACCAGAGAAAACUACGGAGUCUGACAUGGUUUUGGCAUAUUCACUCACCGAUUCCAUGUUUAAUUUAGUGACUUCCGACUGGCGGUGUCGGGAGUCAUUAACGCCGACAUGUAUUACAAUCAUACGGAAUUUACGUUUAGCCUUUGCCAGCAGUUUUAAACCACCUUCGAUGUCGCCCGCUCUGGCCCCUGGAAGACACUGAACUAUGGCCGCUGACUUCGCUAAUUUCACAUGUCGGACUACAGAGUCUCCAAUCACAAGAGCGUCGGGCUCAGCAGGUGUGUUGUUGAGAGGGGCAAAUUUUUUGAAAUGUGAAUAUGGUGGUCUAACGUGGGCUUCUUAGGCCUACUGCUAUGCUUCCCUUUCACAGUGACCCAACCAAUACUACAUCCCGGCUGCUCAGGAUCUGCCGGGGGGGAAGCUAAGCUAGGCCGACCUGCACCGGCUACCGUGUCCUGGCUGGCUACCGCUACUCUAGCAUCGGUGCGGAGCCAGAGCUAAGAAUAAACUACACUUAAAGCAGGUAUCGUUAUCGUCUAAGGAGGAUGAGGAGUAACUAAACAUCUGACACACUGAGCAGAAGCGAGCAGGAGAGGCAGGAGACCGGGGGGGGAAGCCAUCAUUAGCAAGUGAAGCUAAGAGAAGCUAAGCUAAGAGAAGCUAGGAGCUAGUAAAGUAAACUACCAGAGAGAUCACCCGGAAUGGAGAUAAAGACGGUACUUGGUGAAAACUAUCAGAAAUACUUACAGACUUUUAAACAAACAGAUGUAUUGAUAGAUUAAAAGAGAGAAAAUAACCCAAACAGCAAGAACGCUAUUAGGAGGAACAAAACGCUACACACAGUUCAACAGCAAGGAAGGGAAUGAAGCAAUGCCAUAGACUGUAUAUAAGAUGGACACCGUGGUUCCGCCUUCCGCCAGUAUACGGAUUUGAAGCCAAAAAGCUCUCGGUAAUUCCGGAUUUUUCUCUACUUCCUUGAAACCAGAGCUGUGCAGUAGCGUUGUGCGCAUUCGGCCGCGCAGUCGCCGAGAGUCCCUGUGAUGAUGCUCGGCUCAAACAGCGUAUUCCCCCGGAAGAGCUACGCAAUCCCUGAACGCCCAUAGGCUGUACCAGGUGUCAAUCAUAGAAAACAUGAACCCUUAAUAACUUUUAAAAACGGAGCUGUACAGAAAAAAAAGGACUUGGGCACAAACCAGUCUUACAAUAACUACAUGUCAACAUCACAAGCAGGGGGGAGAAAAAUUAAUGUUCUGUGUAAUAAAUUUCUAAAGUUUGUCCACAGUCCCAUAAGCUUUGCUGGCGCAGGCGAGAUUUAUGAUCUGUACUGCAGCCCACCAUCGGAGGGUGCUGUCCUCGGAGUGGCUUCACCCAGCGAGGAGGCAGACUCUGUCCAUCUUAUAUACAGUCUAUGAGCAAUGCACAUGCUCACCAGUCAGGAGGAGGAGUCAGGACACUCCGUCCAGCCUACUUUGUCCCCAAAACAGACAUGCAGAUAAGUGUUCAUGAAAUAAUCUUUUUUUUUUUUUUUUUACAUUUUCUUAAAAUUUGGAAUCAUAUCUCUUCAACAGAUUCAGCCCUGAUCAUGAAAAAAUUAAAAAAAAUUAAAAAAUUGGAUGUACUACCUUUUUUAUGCUAGUUAUUGUGCACCAUGUCACUUUUGUUUUUGAUUGUAAAAAACACAAAAUCGCUGUAUUUCCCAUAAAAGAUUAUUCGGAUAAAGAAAAAAAAACCCCAACUUUUUAAAAAGAUAAAUAGAGUCUGGGCCAUGUCAAUGAUGAGUAGUAACAUCGGUUUUGGUACAUCUUUUUUUUUUUUUGUGCAAAAGGCGGUCGCUGAGCUGAGAUUGACAGGUUUUACAACCAAUCAAAGCGAUAGAAUCAUAGAUGUGCAGGCAGCGCAUGGAGUCAUACACACACACACACACACACAGACACACACACACAUAUACAUACCUACAUACACGCCAAACAUUUCCCUCUCCGUCACUAAUUAGCCACCAAACAGUGAUACUUUUUGUCUUCCUUCUCUGUUGGAUAGGGUUAACCAAGGUUGCACACUUGGAACUUUAUUGGCUAACUUAAGCAUACAUUCACUUAGAUUUUCAUCACCCCUCCACUUACUUGCUGGGUGUCCAUUCAUUUAUGCCAUCAUGCCGGCUCAGGUUUCCAAAUGAGAAACAGAGGGUGAUUUCUGGGUGUAAAAAAGUUGGGUAUGGCGGGUCAAAGUGGUCACAUGAUGCAAGAAUAAUUAAUUCCCUUGUUGUUUGCCAUGAAUCCCUAAAAAAUAAAGCUCUAUUGAUUUGUGUAAAAAACUUGGUUAAAAGGGUAAAAACUCACAGAAAAAGGUCUGAAGGUUAGAAAUGACAAAAAUAGUUUAAACGAGAAUAAAUGUUUUUUUUUUUAAACUUAUGUAAUUGAUAAUGCCCACUGGGAGGGGCUAAGGGGGUUUAAAAGAAGGCUGCCUUGGCCUUUCUUUAAGUCUGGAGUUUGUUGUAUGGGAGAUAAUUGCCAAGCUGACUUUUGUGCUGUGUUUCUGUUUUUUUUUCUCGAGUGAGAGUCUAGAGUUAUAGGAGAACUGUUGCCCUGCUGGCAUUUUCUUUUUGCUUUGUACAUUUUGUAAAUAGUAUUUGACCAUUUUUUGCACUUUUGUAAAUACUUUUGCAAUGCAGCUUGGAAGGCAGGUGGUAAAUAAAUAUCUCCAUCACCAUAUUUUUCUGACUACACGUGUUUUUCUACUAUAUUUUGAUUGUUUGAGUGAGAACCAUGUAAUAUCCCUGUAAUAUAAUAAUUAAUUUUAGAACAAUAAAACAAUACAGUAAAACAAUAAAAUGGGUACACAGUUGGUUCCCACAAUGAGCUCUGUCAUCAAAACAAAAUAUCUGUCCAAAACAAGAAAAUCCACCAUUCCCCCUGAUUUUUUUUCACAGCUCAACUCCUGCCUUCACAUAGUCAUCAGUUUAUCUUUGAGUUCUACAUGAUGACUUUCACUGGCUAUAUUAUACAAGACACGCUGGAGAUAAAAUCUUUUGGCUCUCGUGAAUACAGCGACUCAAUUUGUGUUGUCUGACAACGGCUUACGUCUUACUUAAAUGUCGUAAUACCAUUGGGUUUUCUGAACAUGCACUGUGGUGGUUUCUCAACUAUCUCACUUGUAGAACCCAAGCAGUUUAAUUAUAUGGUAUUGCCUCAGGGGUGCUGUAAAUCCAUAAGGGGGUUCUACAUCAUUGAAUUUCCCUUUGGAGAGUUCUGAACCGCAACCUUUUUACGAUUUCCAUAAAGUUUUUUGGACUGCGUGCCUGGAAUGCUGUUUUCCACUUUAAUGUAAAUUACACUGUCAUUUAUUGGGCUUUGUGCCGAAAACUGGCUCAAGCUUUCUUAAUUUUUCAGCAUGGAUUUGAUGAAGUACAAGGUCAGCUGUUUUAACUACAGCCUAUUUCAAAUGCAGAUGAAACUCAACUCAUGUUUUUUACUUCUUGAAGUGUGGUAAAAACCAUCUCAUCAGGGAAAGUUGUUACCAAAGAGUUGAGCUGCUUUCUACUGUUAUAUACUGUGGGCUUUUAAUUGAUGACAGUUUGGUGGCGUGAGUGUAAUGGCCAAAUGUAAUGGACCCAAAAUGUAACCAGACAAUGGGUCGCAGGUUUAACAGGUUUAUGUCUCAGAGAUAUUAGUUUUCCGAGUUUUCCGUUUCACAAAGAAGGGUCAGUUAAACCAGAGAGAGAGGGGUAACUCUAACCUGUUUCACAAAGAGAGGUAACUCAACCUCGCGGUCAGUUACCAUAGUAACAGACUCCGUGAACCUAACCAGGGGCCUGUUCUACGAAGCAGGAUUACUGCGAGGUAACUUCGAAGGUAAGUUCGGGGUUUCCUGUUCUACGAUGCGGGUUCACUUCUCAGCAAGGCGAUUCUCCAUGGCAACAUACGCUGAACGGCUAACCUGCUCCGGGGCAGGUUAGGUUCCAGAUUGAACUCACCAAGUAUAAAAACCCCGCCCACUGACGAAUGAGCUCUCUUGAAAAAUAGCUUGACCGUUCUUGGAGGAUCCUAUAGACCUCGGUGCUCGCAUUGUCCAAGGAGCACUCCGGCACGUGAGAGUUUUCAGGGACCCCACGGACUUACUUUUCCGGAUGACCACCUUUAUGAAAGGCUCAUAUGGCCUACAUAUCACACAAAAAAUGUAAACACGAUAGGAAUGAACAAAUGAAUGAAUUCAUCUUGGAAAUGAAUUGGGCAUGGGCUGCAUGGGCUGUGUGAUCACAGACAACAUCUCGGUACUAUUUAGUAUCAGCGCGCGCCCCUUGUAAUAACCCCCAUAAAUACUGUUGUUCAGGACUGCUUACUUGUGCUUCCCACCUACUGUAAUAACCGUUGUUCUAGCCUACAUGCAACAUUUUUGUUCUCAUUCAUGAAACUCUUAAAUUGGGGACAUUUUCGGGGACAGAUCAUCCAAUUCGGGGACUGUCCCCAGAAAUUGGGGACGUCUGGUCACCUUAGUUAAAAGCGCAUGUUGAACAGUGCUAUUUCAGGGUGAUAAUGGCAUCAAAGAUUAAUUUUCUGCAAGCAUUCCUUCCGUGCUUUUGCAGCAGCGACGGUGUUGCUUUUGAGGUUUAUGAUAGAUUUGAAUUCUUCAUACUUUCGUUUGUAAAGUCCCGAUUGGUCAGAUGCGGCGAGCUCCGCCUUACAUGCGUGCACGCGCUCAUAGCAAAGCUGGAUCCACUUACGAGGUUGAUAACCAGCGUCAUAAGACCGUUUAGCGAGACCGCUGGCUACCGCGCUAAGUUGAGCGAGGUAGCUCCAAGGCGACCUCGCUAGGUUGAACUUGCUUCGUAGAACAGGCCCCUGGUCGGGACCAGGUUUUCCUCAGUAAACCCAGAGUUUUUCUCUGUCUCCGCCCUCUUUCAGCCACACUCUCAUGGCCGGCCCGUGCAUAUAGGCGAACAAGGCAGCUGAUUAGAGUGGCAAAUUGUAAUGUGUGCAACGGGCGGUACAGCUAAUAAAACAUUGGCCGCAGCGGCACCGCCCCUAAUUUCCAAAAUGUGACAAAUCAGUCACUGGCUGGCUGCAGGCUGCACUUGCAUGUUCACCUAUAUGCACGGGCCGGCCGUGAUUCUCCUCCAGCGGCAGCGGCCCGGCGAUCGUCGGACCGGUGUGGGAGGGAUUUGCGAUCGGACCGGCCGCGAUCGUCGAAUCGGCAUCUGCCCUCUUUCUGUUUGCUGAGUGAAAGUCUAAUAUUGAGUGUACUGAGAGUUAGUUUAAUAUUCCUAAUUAUUUCCUAACAGAACAUCAUAAGAGAGUAAAAUUCAUUUUUGAGUGUGAAAAGAGCAUUUUGUAAGGGAUCAAACUGCCACUUAAUACUUACUUGACCAUGUAAAACAUGAUCAAAAUGAGAAAAUGCAGAUGUCUCACCUGUUUGCACAAUGUUUUUAUAUUUACUUUUCAGCUGCUGCCAAGUGCACUUUUGUCCCAUUGGAUUGCACCUACAUAAAACAAAUUAAUUGGCUCCAUGCAAGCAGUUUCCCCUGCAACAAUCUGUCAUUGUGAUUGCACAAGACUAGAUUUAAACUUACGCAUUGACUCGAGCAGCAAUUUCCUCCCAUGCCCUCUCCCUCUCCUUUGCAGCUCCUGCUGUAUUGCACUUUCUUUUAAAAACGUGCUGUAAUUCGCUGUUGGCUUGCAUCAGUACUUCCAGCCUAUUGCGUAAAAAAUGCUGCCCUCCUUCUCCCUGUUUCCAUUGGUUGAUCAAUGAAUCUGGGCUCCACAGAUGCUGGCUGUUUAUGUCUGGCGUGCAUGUGCUUAACUCCAGGUCAAACUACUCGGAGUUGCUAAAACUGACUCAAGUCAGGUGUUGUGAAACCGGAAACUCAGAGUUUCCUAUCUCAGAGUAGAUCAACUCAGAGUUAAGGAUUUGACUCAGAGUUUGUUGAACCACCUACGUGAAACGGACUCAUUGUGGUGGUGAAGAGAAUCCAGGAGAGAGAAUGCAGGGUGGUGGCUUGCUGAGAGGCUCGGAGGGAGGCACUGGGAAAAAGGGAGAAAGAAACCAAGGGUUAACAAAAACACAAGAAAAACAACAAAAAAUUCUUAAUGAAGAUAUACUCAUCACUAAAGCACUGAGGGGCCAUUGUACCACUGCCAGUUUGCGACAAUAUUUGUCUUUUAUGGAGCGUAUUCAGCAUAUUACCAAAAACCUGAAGGUUUUGCUCAGGUUUUACUACAGGAACAAGUCAACACAGCCUCAACAGCGUCUAUUAUGAUGCACUGAGAUCUAUAAUCUAUAUCGUUUUUUGUUUUUUUUUAACAUGGUUAAUCUCUUUCAUGUAGGCUGCUGCACUUUAUUUUAAUUUUUGAAAUGACAAACCUGCACAUAUAUCCUCUGGUAUGUGCCUCUGCAUAUCGUAAUCAUGGUGGGCCGCCAGGGCCAAAAUUGCCUGGGCCAUUUUUAGUCCAGCCCUGGAUGUCAGUGAGGCAGCCCCCCCCCCCCCCCCCCCAGCAUUUUUCAUUGUGCUCUAAUGGUUCCGACAUUUAAUCUUUGACUUUUUCCAGAUCAUCUCCUACACCAAAGGCUCCAUGAGCGUGGGCAGCUCUCAGUUCGUGGGCCGUGUUGGUUUCACAGCCAGCAUGCCAUCACGGGACAUUUCCAUUUACAUAAACAAUACAAAGGAGACCGACUCAGGACGCUACCUUUGCCAGGUCAUCAUCCCCAACAAUGCUGGUCUCACUGCAGAUCUGACACUGGACGUAAAGGGUGAGACUGACUGCUUUUUUUCAGGAAUUCAUGUGCAGGAUGGUUUUGAUGACCAACUAUCUAAUAGAUCUUAUUGUGUAAUCUUUCUAUCUCAGUGCCUCCUGCUGUUCCUAAGUGCUCUCUGUCAGGGAAACCUGUGCUGAAGGGAAACGUGACUCUUAGCUGUAGAUCCAGCUCCGGGAAGCCGAUCCCAGUGUACAAGUGGAGGAAAACCAGUCCCACCUCAGAAGUCUUCUUCUCUCCCAUGCUCAGUGAGUGCAGUAUGCAUGCUAAUAUCAUCAUUACUAACUCUAAGAUCAGGUUUAUAUCUUUGCUGGAGUUGUUGCACAAGUAAUGUUUUUUUUUUUUUUUUUAAGUUUUGUUUGCACUGGCCUGGUAUAGAAUCAUGAGGAAUGAAAGAGAGGAGCAGAGUAAAACAGCAGAUGAGAAAAUAUUCUGAUAUGUAUGCUUAGAUACAUAUGUAUGCAUUCGGUUGAAUGAUGCGCUUGAACCGAGAGGUUGCUGCAAGUCUGGUCUCUCUGUAUUAUCUGUAAUUUUUGUAAUUUAUGCUAGAUUUUUUCAUAUUUAUGUUGUAAUUUUGUUGGCUGGUGAUGGAUACUUCUGCUGGGCGAAGAGUUUACUCAAGAGAAGUGCUCCUUUCAUUGAGGAAAAGCAAAUCUGGGCAAAAACAUACAAUUCCAGAGGACAUCAAGAGGUGUUAUCGUGGUUGCCAUUCUGGUGCAAAGGUGAAGGCAAAGCUGAAUGCUAGGAGGUGGCGAUAUAAACCCUUUCUUCCAUCAAUCAUCAUGGGAAAGGUCAGCUCUCUGCCCAACAAAAGCGAUGAGCUGGAGAUCUUGGUGAAGACUGAGAAAGCAUACCGUGAGUGCAGUUUCCUGUUUUUUACUGAAACCUGGUUGAAUCAAAACAACUCCGACUCCAGUGUGGAUCUACCUGGCUUCACUCUCAAAAGGUCAGACACAGAUGCUCAAGCUAGUGGCAAGAAGAAAGGAGGAGGUCUGGCUUUAUUUGUCAACCAGAGCUGGUGUAACCCUUCACACAUAACUGUCAAGGAGAAGUUGUGUUGUCCAGAUAUUGAACUGUUGGCAGUUGCUCUUCGGCCAUAUUAUGUUCCCAGAGAAUUUAGUCAUAUCACAACAGUAGUUGUUUACAUUCCACCCAAAUCAACUGAGGAAUGUUGUGAUGUUUUGCAAAAUAGUGUUGCCAGGCUACAUACUCAACACCCUGAGGCAUUAAUAAUAAUAUCGGGAGACUUCAACCAUGUCACCCUCUCCUCUCACCUGACUGGAUUCACACAGUUUGUGAACUGUCCUACUAGAGAAAACAAGACCCUGGAUCUGCUGUAUGCCAACGUCAAAGAAGCCUACAGAGCCACUGCCUUACCACCACUGGGCAAGUCAGAUCAUAACUUGGUCUAUCUACAAAUCUGUUACAGACCUUGUGUGCUGAGGCAGCCUGUGACCAAAGUCAAAAUAAGAAGAUGGACACCUCAAGCCAGUGAAGCUCUAAGGGACUGUUUUAAAUCAACAGACUGGAAUGUGUUGCUGGAAACAGAUGUGGAUAAUAUGAACAUUGAUAAACAGGUUGACUGCUUUACUGAUUAUGUCAACUUCUGUAGAGACACAGUUAUACCCACAAAAACUGUUCACUGUUUCCCCAACAAGAAACCCUGGAUCACAAGAGACAUAAAAGCAAUCCUCAACCGGAAAAAGAAAGCUUUUAAAGAUGGUGACAAAGAACAACUCAAACAAGUGCAACAAGAGAUAAAGAGGAGACUGAAGAUGGCAAAGCUGGAGUACAAAAACAAGGUAGAGAGAAAUCUACAACACAGUGAAGUGUGGAGAGGAAUCAGUACCAUUUCUGGACACAGCAGUAAAAAGUAAAAAAAGACAGCCAGCAGUGGGUGAUGUGAAAAGAGCUGAUGAACUCAACCUGUUCUUCAACAGAUUUGACACUGCUGUCACUCCCACUUCCACUGCUACUCCACCUUCCUCUCCGCAACAAAUCUCCACUACAACUUCUCCCCUUCCUCCUCCAUCUCGUUCAAAUGUCUCUACCACUUCAACUGCCUCCCUCCUAGAACACCAGUCCUUGUCUGUCACUGAAACAGGGGUGAGGAUGCAGCUUGGAAGACUUUGUCCUGGGAAGGCAGCUGGUCCAGAUGGUGUAUGUCCAAGGCUGCUUAGAGACUGUGCUGCAGAACCGUGUCAACCUCUCCACAAGAUCUUCAACCUGAGUCUACAGCUGGGGCGGGUACCUGCUCUGUGGAAAACAUCCUGCAUUGUGCCAGUGUCAAAAACAAAAUGUCCUGCUGAACUCAAUGACUACAGACCAGUGGCCCUCACUUCACACAUCAUGAAGACCCUGGAGCGGCUGAUUCUACGCCUUCUGAGGUCAAAGACAAACUGGACUCCCUGCAGUUUGCAUACAAAGAACACAUUGGAGUGGAUGAUGCUGUCCUCACCGUGCCCUGUCUCAUCUGGAGGAACCUGGGGUUUAUGUGAGGAUCAUGUUCUUCAACUUUUCAAGUGCAUUCAGCACCAUCCAACCCACCAUUCUCAAAGAAAAGCUUACAGAGAUGGGAAUGGAUCCUUCCUGUGUUUCCUGGAUCACAGAUUACCUGACAGGAAGGCCACAGUUUGUCAGGCUGGGGAGCUGUGUUUCUGGGACAUUAAUAAGCAGUACAGGGGCUCCACAAGGGACAGUGCUGGCGCCAUUCCUGUUCACACUGUACACGUCAGACUUCAAAUACAGUACUGAGUCCUGCCACAUCCAGAAAUACUCAGAUGACACAGCUAUUGUGGCAUGUAUCAGAAAUGGACAAGAAGCUGAAUACAGAGAUCUAAUAAGAGCCUUCAGUGACUGGAGUCACAAAAACAGCCUCCUCCUCAACACCUCAAAGACAAAGGAGAUGGUCAUAGACUUCCGUAGAUCCAAACCCCCUCUUCAGCCAGUGAACACCUGUGGAGUGGACAUCGAAGUGGUGAAAUCAUAUAAAUACCUAGGUGUACAUCUGGAUAAUAAGUUGGACUGGUCUAAGAAUAUAGACUACGUCUACAGAAAGGGGCAGAACCGCCUUUUUUGCCUGAGAAGACUCCGAUCAAUAGACGUCUGUAGUAAGAUGCUGCAGAUGUUUUAUCAGUCUGUGGUGGCAAGUGUUCUGUUGUACGCUGCAGUCUGCUGGGGAGGAAGCAUCAAACACAAAGAUGCAAGACGUCUUAACAAACUGGUGAAAAAGGCUGGCUCUGUGGUUGGACUCAAGCUGGACUCAGUGGAGGAUGUGGUGGAGAGAUGUACACUGAGGAAGGUGGAGACUAUUCUCAAGAACAUGGAUCACCCACUUCACAACACCUUGAUGGACCAAAGGGCAAAUGGGGGUGGACGGCUCCUCUCUCUUCGCUGCAGGACAGAAAGAUUUAGAAGAUCUUUUGUACCAACAGCCAUCAGGCUUUAUAACUCUUUUGUAAAUAAUAGAUAACUUUUAUAGAGAUAUUACAGACAAUUGAAAUUCCCUUCGGGGAUGAAUAAAGUUCUUCUUCUUCUUCUUCUUCUUCUUUCAGACUUAACACUGCUAAGCAAAAGCAGCAGAAAAACACUUAUCUGUUGAAACAAUUAAUAGAAAGGCUACACUGUACUGGUGCUGUACUGGCGGGAGGAAUCAACAACUGAAGGAAGCACCGUAACUGAGAGGAAGGAAUUUUUUUUGCAUUACAGUCCCCUACAAGCUUAUGAGAGUGAAGUUUAGAAACAGUCCUGACUCACUGUGGGGACUGUGCUGGCUUUGGCGAUAGGCAUAAGCACUAAAACACCAUUAAAAACAAUUUCAUUUCUUCGUAAUUCCCAUUUUAAUCAUCAGUAAGACAUGCAUUAAAUAAUGACAAAUGAAACAUACAGUAAGAGGAUGAGACAGCUCCAUAACCUAAAUACUGCUAAAUGAUUGUGAUCUUUCCCUUCUUUAUGUCACAGUGCAGCAGGAUGCGUUGUCUCUCAGUCUAUGAUCAUACUAAAAAUUAACAUCAUUAAAAAAUUUAGUUUAAAUUUGGGCGAUCAUACACUACUUUUUGUUGUUUGUAAUCACAGAUAAAUGUUGGCACAAUCAAUACAACUACUCAGAGCUCAUGUGCAAUGGUUGUUUUCUGUUAAUUCUUAAAUAUUAACCCUAACUGAUGGCAACACGUGUUAUCCAAAUAUGCUUAACCAAAAAAGCUGGUCUACCCAGACCCAACGUAAAGAUAUGAUCAGACUGAGGCCCAUCAUGUAAGAUCAGACCCACAGACCUAUCCCAUCUUCAACCACAUGAGUAAAAUACUUUAAUGCAGUUAUCAAGUUACAGUAGAGAGGAAGCACUUCCUUCGAUAGGCAGAAACCUCGAGCAGAACCAGACUGAUGUUAGACAGUUAUCUGCUGAGACUGAGCUGGGUUUAGGGAGGGGAGAGAGAGAGAUGGACAGAGGAGAGACUGAUAGAGGGAGAUAAAGAAAGAGAGAUGGACAGAGGAGAGAAUAGAAAGCAAAGUGAAAAUUUUUUGGAUUUUCAGGUCAGAGUUGUCAUAAUGAAGAAGUUGGCUUUACUAUAUGGGACCCUGCUCACUGAAAUUUACCUGUUUUUGACCAGAGGCCUGUACUACGAAGCUGGAUUAACACAUCCAGGGUAACUCUGCGACAACUCGCUCAACUUCACCGGAUCUCUGCGAUCCCGAUCAGCUGUACUAUGAAGCCGGUUAUCAACUCGAUAACUGAAUCCAGGUGUGGCCACUUCAGAUCUGUGCACGCACACGUGAAGGGGGUGGGGUCAGUGCCACCGGACCAAUCUCCACAAUGGAGAAGGCUGCACGUCAUUUUUCUCAGCCAAAGAACAGAGCAUUAUUUUACGCAAAUACGAGGAGUACCACAACAUUAUAACAGUGAGGAGCAGGACAGCCACAGCCGCUAAAAGCAAAUUAAAUCACCGGUUGUGUAAAUUACAUUUGUGUGUUCAUAAAUUUGUGGCACCCUAAUAUGUUGUCAAGCAGCGUGUGUGAUCACCUCCAUCAUUGACCUCAUUAUUUCAGAUACAACAGCAGUGGGGAAAAGAGUACGUGGGAGCAAAUAAAAAUAAAUAUAGAAACAUCCUUUAAAGUAGUUUGUAAGUUUAUUGGAAGAUUUUAUUUGUACAUAUUUCAACGCGUAAACAGUGAUUUCCUCACACUGCCUUUUUUUCUUUUUUUCUCCAUCAUCUGAUGGUCACGUCAUCUGCAGACACAUUUGGGGUUAAGAGUUUUCUAAUCUGCUUCAAUAAAUUCUGAAUGAUUACUGAUAUGCUGCAUGAAAUUGGAACUUGGAGCUUGGCAAAUAUUAGUGCAUUGCUUAGACUUCAUGCUACCUAAAUAUUGAGGCCGUCCAAGGAAAACCUGUAACGUUCAUAGAGAACAUCAUCAGGUAAAUCAAACGGAUUUGAACGAUCAUGAAUAUAACGCUCUCUGCGAAGCGCUCCUCUCACUAUCCAUGCAAUGAUGUCCCCGGGAUCCGGCAAAAGUGGGCAAGCCAUUUUCCAAGAGAUCCGAUUGGUCAUUGGGCGGUCUUUUAUACCUGCUGAGAUCUUAUCCUGAAACAUAACCUGCUCCGGAGAAGGUUUGGCGUUCCACGUAAGUUACCGGGGCAACAGACGCGGAUAGAAAGAGAUCCACCUUCGUAGUACCUUGAAGACUUAAAAACAGGCAACUGGACUGUGUAGAGUUGAGAAGACGUUUCGCCUCUUAUCCAAGAAGCUUCUUCAGUUCUAAAAUUGCUAGUGUGAGGAGCAGAUAUUUAUCUUACUGGAGAAGGGGACAGACAACGACUGGGAGGGGUUGGAAAAGAAUGGGCCGUAGAAACCCAUCUCUGGGUGUGUGCCCCCCCCCCCAAGUCGUUUAACUGAAAGGGUUGUAAUGACCCCUGUCAUGUGACCACAUGACUCAUGCCACCUGGGUCAUGUGGUUCCAGGUGUGAAUGUUUGUGGAGCUUCCUGGGGAGAGAGCUGAGAACUGCAUUGUAAGUGCCAGAGAGAUUGUGCCUGAGUCCACCCCCUCUGUUCAGAGAAGGUUUCUCCAGCCUGGUAUUGUGAUUCACUGUGGAGCUAAUGACAUUGUAACAGAACAAUCUGAAAAACUAAAACGUGAUUUCAGUGAACUAUUAAAAACAGUCAGCUCCCUGAAUGCUCAGGUAUUCAUCAGUGGCCCCCUUCCACCAAUCAAAAGAGGAGAUAUGAGAUUUAGCAGACUUUUUGCCCUGAAUCGAUGGCUAUCUACUGCCUGUACCAAAGUCAACUUUAUUGAUAACUUCAGGCUGUUCUGGGACCGCAGGCAUUACUUCAGAGCAGACGGACUCUCUCUAAACAAAGCUGGAGUGAAACUAUUCACCUCCAACCUGUAUCACUCCCUGCGUCACCCAUCCGUCAAGGACAAGAGACAAGAGGCAAAAAGACAUGAGAUAAAACACCACGGCCUUGACAGAGAGACGCCUCGGGCCCCCCCGCGCACAAAAAGCUUUGGUUCAAGCCAGAAGGAGGAGUCUGUACUUCUUCUACCACCGCUCUUCUUAGAGGACCCACCCUGCUCAAGCAAGGAGGAGGAAUCUCUACUUCCUGUAUGCCCACCUACCGAGGAAGACGUGCCCUGUCAAACGUCACCCAUAGCAUCCUCCUCCCUGGGCACACCAUCCCCCUCCUCCUCCCUCCUGGAUUUUCCAGCUGAACUGAGAGAACUGGAGAAUGCUGGAGUGAGACUUAGCGGCACGCCUCUCCACCACUCCAGCCACAGGACCGUCUUCCCCCCUCCAAACCCCCCAAAUCGCCCCAAAUCCUCCAAACAGCAACGUGCCCCUCCUCCUCCCCCACGACAAGGAGUACUGCAGCAUCCUCUCCCUCAGCGUGAUAAGAGCACAGGACUAACAGUGAGGAACACCUCGUUCUCAAUAAGCUCCUGCUGAUAUGUUUUGGGUCCAGGCAAGGAUAACUAUAGUUAUAUCUCUUCCCAGGACAGCCUGCGGCCCGAUGAGAUAACGCCACCAAUCCCAGUCAUAAUAAGUAAUAGACAUACUAAUCUGCCUAAAAACAGAAGGUAUCUAACUAAGAAUUUAUCAAACUUAGUCUCCAUCCCCCGUCAGCCCAUCAUGAAAACCAGUACAGAAAAUUUCUCUAGCACACUACACUCAGCUCUUUUAAAUGUCAGAUCUUUAGCUGGAAAAUCAUUCUUAAUCAACGAUCUUAUCAUCAAGCACAAUCUCAACUUAAUGUUUUUAACUGAAACCUGGUUAGGACAAGAUAACAGUGCAACUGUACUUAUUGAGUCAGCCCCCCCUAACUUCAGCUUUAUGAGUGAAACGAGGAAGCAUAGAAAAGGAGGUGGAGUAGCUAUUCUAUUCAAGGACUCAAUGCAAUGUAAACAGAUGUACUACGGGAAUUUUCCCUCCUUUGAAUAUGUGGCCUUCCAGUUGAACUCUGCUACUAGAGCAAUAUUCCUUAACAUCUACAGACCUCCUAAAUACUGUGUGAAUUUUUUUGAUGACUUUACUGAAUUGCUGUCUAUAAUCUGUAUUGACUUUGACUGUGUAGUGAUUGUUGGUGAUUUUAACAUUCACGUUGACAACCCCCAGGACAGAGGCACCAAAGAAUUGUGCUGUCUCCUUGAUAACUAUGGUUUGACCCAACAUGUAACAGAGCCCACACACAAUAGAGGUCACACUCUAGACCUAAUUAUUUCCAAGGGCCUGAACAUACCCAAAAUUAUGGUUACUGAUGUUGCUAUUUCUGAUCACUCCUGUGUGUUUUUUGAGAGUACUAUCUCUAUGUUAUUCACCACUGCUCAGACAGAGGUAAUCACCAAGCGGCUUAUCACUGACUACACCAGUGAAAUAUUCAAUCAGGCUUUGACUCCUCUCCCAGCUCUCUCACGGCUCUCGGUCAAUGAGCUUGUAGAAGACCUUAGCUCUAGAAUCACAAAUGUGAUGGAUGCCAUUGCGCCCACCAAGGUGAAAAUAGUCUCUGGCAAGAAAAGAUCUCCAUGGAGGAAUGCCGCGCUGGUCAGAGCUGAAAAAAGAGAGUGUCGGAAAGCCGAACGCAGAUGGCGAAAGACAAGCCUUCAGGUUCACUAUCAGAUCUAUAAAGAGAGACUUCGUAUCUUUAACCUAGAACUAAGAAAUGCUAGACGAUCCUUCUUCUCAGACAUCAUCACCAAAAACAAAAAUAAUGCACGCGCCCUAUUUACCACAGUCGACAGGCUAACAAACCCUCCAGUAUCAGUAGCCUCUGAAUUUCUGUCUGCCAAGGCUUGUAAUGAAUUUGCCUCCUUCUUCAAUAACAAAAUCCAGAAAAUUAGACAAACAGUCAGUAGCUCAAUAUCCGGUACAGGAUAUGUGUUGUCCAUGUGUACUAACCCCAGUAGCAUGACACAAUUCAACCCGAUCAACAUUAAAACCCUGGAGGACAUCAUACUAAAUCUGAACUCCUCCACCUGCUGCCUUGAUAUUCUGCCGACAGGUUUCUUUAAAACAGUUUCUAAUUGCAUUGCCUCAGAUCUUCUACAGAUUGUCAACAUGUCACUUCUGUCAGGUGUCUUUCCACAGGCCCUGAAAACUGCUGUCAUAAAGCCUCUCCUAAAAAAAAGCAACCUAGACAACUCAGUAAUGAACAAUUAUAGGCCUAUAUCGAACCUCCCGUUUUUAAGCAAAAUCAUUGAAAAAGCAGCCUUCCAACAGCUUCACAACUUCUUAGUCCUAAACAAUUGUUUUGACGUUUUCCAGUCAGGGUUUCGACCGCAUCACAGCACUGAGACUGCUCUUAUCAAAGUCUUUAACGACAUCCACUUAAACUCAGACAAUGGCAAAAUCUCAGUCCUAGUAUUGCUCGAUCUCAGUGCCGCUUUCGACACGGUUGACCACAGCAUCCUACUCGAUCGACUGGAAAACUGGGUGGGACUUUCUGGAACAGUACUAAACUGGUUUGCAUCCUACUUAAAGGAUAGAGACUACUUUGUGUCUCUAGGUAAUUACACAUCAGAGCGAACAAAAAUGACAUGUGGGGUUCCCCAAGGCUCCAUUCUGGGGCCACUCCUGUUCAACAUUUACAUGCUCCCUCUAACUCAAAUCAUAGCAAACAACAAAAUAUCUUACCAUAAUUAUGCAGACGACACACAGAUUUACAUAACCAUAUCGCCAGGCGACUACAAUCCAAUACAAACACUGAGUCAGUGUAUUGAACAAAUCAACGAUUGGAUGUGUCAGAAUUUUCUUCAACUAAACAAAGAUAAAACUGAAGUAAUUGUAUUUGGAGCAGAAGAAGAGCGAUUAAAAGUCUGUGCUCAGCUUCAAUCGAUAAUGUUAAAAAGCACAAACCAAGCCAGAAACCUUGGCGUUGUCAUGGACUCAGACCUGAAUCUCAACAGCCACAUAAAGACAAUUACAAAGUCAGCCUACUAUCACCUGAAGAAUAUAUCAAGGGUCAAAGGACUGAUGACCCAGCAGGAUUUGGAAAAGCUUGUCCAUGCAUUUAUCUUCAGCAGACUUGACUACUGUAACAGUGUCUUCACAGGUCUCCCCAAAAAAUCCAUCAGACAGCUCCAACUGAUUCAGAAUGCUGCUGCUCGAGUCCUCACUAAGACCAAGAAAGUAGAUCAUAUCACUCCAGUUCUCAGAUCUUUACACUGGCUUCCCGUCUGUCAAAGAAUUGAUUUUAAGAUACUAUUGCUGGUUUUUAAAGCACUGAAUGGAUCAGGACCAAAAUACAUUUCUGAUAUGCUGAUACGUUACGAACCAUCCAGACCGCUCAGAUCAUCAGGAGCAGGUCUGCUCUCUGUCCCCAGAGUCAGAACUAAACGUGGAGAAGCAGCUUUUAGUUUUUAUGCUCCUCAUAUCUGGAACAAACUCCCUGAAAACUGUAGGUCUGCUGAAACUCUCAGCUCUUUUAAAUCACAACUGAAAACGCAUAUGUUUGCUGUGGCCUAUCAUUAAAUCAAACCUGAGGCCUUUAAUCAACAUCUUCAUCAUCUGCCUGUCUUGAUCUUUUUUUCUAUCUCUCCAAUCUAACCUUUGUUUUCUUUUAUCUUCAAUCUUACUUUAGCUUUGAAUGUAACUUUUAAUCUGUUAAAUGUCUUUUACGCUGUUUUUACUUUUUAAAUUGUGUUGAAUGUUUUGCCUGCUUGUUUCAUGUAAAGCACCUUGAAUUGCCCUGCUGCUGAAAUGUGCUAUACAAAUAAACUUGACUUGACUUGACUUGACUUGACUUGGUAAAGAUGGCUUCUUUAACUCCUCUUUCAAACCAUCUGUCUUCUUGAGCCUGUACGGAAAACCCAGAAGUUAUCCAGAAGUUAUCUUGCUAAGACCAAAUCCAGCUUCAUAGUACAGGCCUCAGAUAAUGUGUAAAGUUUCAGCUUUCAUAGGCUAGAAGUGCUGUUGUUCUUUCACUGGUCAUCACAGAAGAGUAAACAAAGUUGAUGACAUUAUCCAUUACAGGUUCAAAAUCUAAGCUUGAUUUUUUUGCAGACUGACUUGGAAUAGUUCAAACAAGCCACUAAAAUUUAAAAAGGUAAAGUAGAGGGCACAGGAGAGUCCUACAACAUGGAUGUGUUGUUUAGAUUCUUUUUUGGCCUAUUGUGUUCUGUGAAAACCAACUAAAUGAUAGAUGAUUUAAAAUCUAAAGGAAAUAUUUGAAAAAAAAAAGAGAUUUAUUUGUGAUGCUCUAACUUUACUACCUGAUGAGUCUGCAAUCCUAUGUGUAUCGAUGAUAUUUGACCACUCUUCUUCAUGUUUGAUCUCGUUUCAGAUGAGAAGGCAGGAACUCUGAGGCUGAAUAACCUGAGUAGCAACAUGUCAGGGAAAUAUGUGUGCACAGCCAGCAACACAGUCGGGUUUGAGAGCUGCUUCAUCAACCUGGACAUCAUCAGCUGUAUGAAGCACACAGCAAUACCAAAAAGCAUCAAAUGCAGAGAAAUCAUGAGAUUUUCUGUCUCAUAUACUCAUUGAACACAAAAAGGAUUGCAUGCUGGUUAGACACACCUUUCGCUGAAAUAUUAUCAUUGCUUCUCUCGUGUUUUUUCUUCUGCAGCCAAUAACGUGGGGAUGAUAGUCGGAGCUGUUGUGGGCUCAGUGCUUGGCGCCCUCUUCCUCAUCGUCAUCUGCUUCUUUUUCCUGAUGAAGAGGCGGAGAGACAGCGAGGAUGACAUGGCCAAUGAAAUCAAGUGAGUUCAUGCUGCCCCCGAUCUCGAGCAGCCUCAUUCACCGCCUGUAUACCCGGUCAACAAAGACUUAAUCUGAUUGUAUUCUAACUUUUGAGAUUCAUCUCACAAAAAAGUAUAUUAGUAACAAUGGCUGCAGAUCAGCUUGCCCUCUUUAAUCAGAAACUGCAGAGACAACCAGCAUACAAGCUAGGCUACAGCUUGCUGCAAAAAGGGCACAGUCUGCCACAUAAUUUAAGAAAUUAUUAAUCUUGCUUUAAGUGUAUGCACUUUUUCAGCAAUUUGCUUUGCCACCAGAAAUUCCCUCUUCUUUCAUGGAGGAACAUUGAAGUGAACUCUGUUAUUGUUUAACCUUCCCAUAAAUCAGAUCAUAAAAAAUAGUGUUUUAACAAAAAGAUAUUAUCAGUAUUUUUGUUGUCAAGUAAAGUAUCUUCUCCUACAAAGUAGAAUAUGUUAAAGACAUAGCAGUCCUCACUACCACAGUUUUUGGUAUCUACAACUUCACACUCCCAAAACUUGUGACCAGGUAGUCUAUAUGGUAGUCUAAGUUGUAGCCUGUAAAAAAAGGAAUUUAGAAAAAUUAAAAAUGGAAAAAGGUAUACAUCAAAAUAAAUCAAACAUACUCUGUGAAAACUUGAACAGAUUUCAUAGGGCUCAACCAAUAGCUAAUCAAAUGCUAAUGUAUUUCUUAUGCAUGGGAUGGUUGUAGUUUUUCUUUUUGUGCUGCUGUGGACAGUAAGGUAUUGGUGUCUCCCGUCCCCCCUGCAGGGAGGACGCUCAGGCGCCAAAGCGAGUGUCCUGGGCGAAGAGUGGCAUGGGUUCAGACAUAAUCUCCAAAAACGGCACCCUGUCCUCCAUCGCCUCCAGCCCCCACCACAAAGAGCCCCCACAUCACCACAACAACCACCACCUGCAGCAGUACCCGCAGCGUCCCCCUUCAGAAACCGCCUCCAUCAUCACUGCCACAGGCAGCACGGCUGGCUACAGACCUUCCCGCCACCAUGGAGCCUCCACCCCCACUCACUUUAGCUUCAACAACAACAACACAACCCUGCCCCGUGACCAGCCCAUCUCCUCUGAGCCCAGCACUAAUGGGAGCUCCCUGUCCAGACCAGAGCGCUACACCCAGCUGCCUCAGGCUCAGGCACUGCCCAUGACCUACAGCCAACCUCAGAUACAGACCCCGACCACAUACAUCCCCUCACCACUGCCCACCUCCACUGUCACUGCCUCCAACAUCACUCGCAUGGGGGGGGUACCCAUCAUGGUGCCUGCACAGAACCAGGCGGGAUCUCUGGUCUAA